AUGCAUGUCGUUUCCAGCCACCAUGUUUUGUCCCUUCGGACGCACACUCGGGUGCUCGACACCGAGAAACUGUUGUCCAUCCUCGUCGAAUCGCAAGGUCAAAACAAGGGCAAGAGGAGGGCCAGUUCUCCUGAUUCCGCUGAGCAAUCGCACAAGCGGACGCGGACAGUUCAAGCAAUGGACGGUGAGCGUGCCGAAGGGGGUGGGAAUCUGGAUCUAGAAACCAGAAGCAUCCCCGUGUACCAACGUGUUUUCGAGCUUGAAUAUGAUUCAGGCGUUGACAUGGCUUUCCCUUGGAGAAGGAACGAAGCAGAGCGCCGACUUACUAUCUGGCUCCAAGAACACCUCCCCGAUGGAACUGUUCAUCUCGGACCGCUUUUCUUAAGAACGAAUCGAACAGAAACCUUCUACGUUUGUCUCCUAGAGACCAAAGCUUAUACCUCCCAUGAAUUCCUGCUCGGUCUUCCGCACGUGAGCGACGGCUUCCACAUGGCAGACCACGACAUCCGUUCCUCCGACCUCAAGAACCCGUUGGCGGCUUUGGAAGUCUUGCAAACCUCCCAUAGAGCUGAAAUACGCGCGCAGCUCUACCUUGAGACACACGCACGGCAGAUAAACGAUGCUAAGUUAACCCUUUUGCCAUUUCGUCUACGUGUAGAGGUCGAGGCUUCCCUCCUCUGCCCGGCCAUUUUCGAGCCCAUCACUUCCCGGGCGAAAGGCCGAUUAAAUGAUGUCGAGGAAGCUCAGCGGCGGAUAUUGCUGGAGUUGUUCCCUUCCCGCUCUCCGCUGCCUACCUCUUUCCGUGAGGCCAUUGACAUUCCACUGCUAUACUCCAUUCUUGGACCUGCACCCCGUCUAAGCUCGUCUGUCGAAGAAGGACUAAUGCAACCGCGUGAGCUGCUGCCGACUCUUCUGCCGUUCCAGCGUCGGAGCGUGGCGUGGAUGCUCGCUCGCGAAGGCAAGACGCUAAACGGAGCUGGAGAAGCAGCGCCACAAUUAAUUGUAUCUCCAGAUGAACUUCCUCUAUUUUGGGAGGAAGUGGAACCUGAGACUGGACAAAAGUGGUACUUCAACCGGCUGCUAGGCAUUGUUUCCGCUGAGAAGCCGCAGGAAGAAAAUUCACCGUUAGGAGGCAUUCUGGCAGAGGAACCUGGCUUAGGCAAGACACUGGAAUGUAUCGGAUUGGUCAUGCUCAAUCCUGCUAUCGGUCGUUCCCCUAGAACCAAGCGGUGGGACGCCGACUCGAAGGUAUAUGUCAAGGAGGUUAAGACCACGCUCAUUGUCACCCCUGUGGCUCUCGCUCCCCAGUGGGUAGACGAGUUUGCGCGGCAUGCACCCACCUUGAAGGUGCUGAUGUACGAUGGAUGGGCGAAAAUCCGAAUGCCCAUCACUGAGGCAGACGCGAUGAAGGCACGUCAAGAGAAACGGCAACAGUUAGAGCGAAGAAGUGGUGGAAGGUCACGCGGAAAGCCAACUGCUAGUAUAGAACAGGCCGUUCGAGGAAAGCGUGGAAAGCGCCCCGUAAGACGUGGACCAAAGCGCAAAGCCGAUCAGGAGAACGAGGACGGAGAUAUGGAAGCGGAAGUUGAAGAACACAUGGAUCUUGCUGAAGGCGACGAUAGCGAUGAUUUCGGUAUCAUGGACUGGUGCACGUAUGUGAACACAUUCGACGUGUGUAUCACGACAUAUGCUGUACUGCAACAUGACUUGACUGUUGCGCGCCCGCCACCGACACGCCCUCGCCGUGCCACUGUUAAUUACGGCGACAACGAGAGGAUACGUAGCCCACUCGUGAUGUGUGAGUGGUAUAGAGUCGUCAUGGACGAAGUGCAGAUGGUCGGAGGAGGCAAAGCCGAAGAGAUGGUUUCACUCAUUCCACGCUUAUCAUCGUUCGCGGUGUCAGGAACACCUGCUCGCACUCAAGUCUCAGACUUGAUACAUGUCCUUAAAUUCUUGCGCGUGAAUGAUGUCUUGAGCUCACCUCGCAUCUGGCCUCGUCUUCUCAAGCCCGCGUUUGCGAAUGAAUUUACCGCCUUGUUUCGACGUUAUGCCAUACGAACGGUGAAAAACGCUGUCAAGGCUGAGCUGACUAUUCCUUCACAACAACGAUUUCUUGUACCGAUCGAGCUCGGUCGCGUUGAGCGACAUGUAUAUGAUCAAGCCUUCGAAAAUGCGCUGCUCGAGCUCGGUUUUGAUGCGCGUGGUGUCGCGGUGAGGCCCGAUUGGGACGUUGAUACUGCAGACUUGCGGUCGUGGCUGCGCAGACUGCGCGGGAUAUGUACCCAUCCUCAAGUCGGUCAGCUGCAAGCCUAUGCGGACAAGUUGCAUAAACCGGGGGUGCUGAAGUCCAUUGGAGAAGUCCUCGAGAACAUGAGAGAUCAGAAUUGGCGAUCGUUCAUGGAGGACCGUCGCAACAAGGUUCAAAUCAUGUCAACCAUCGCUCAAUUGAUGCAGCACGAUGAAGUGGAUCCGAACCGUCAUCAGCGAGCCUUGGAUGUUCUACUCGCUACAGAGAAGGACGCCCAAGCACUCAUCGGUGAUAUCGAGGCAGCUCUUGCUGAACACGCCAAGAAGGGUGACGAGCUGAAAGCUAGUACUGCAAAGCUAAGGGAAUCUAGGGAACAGGCGGACCCAGCCACUCGCGAUAAAGGCAAAGGUCUUGCAUCCAGCGCAAACUUUGACGAGUCAAGUGACGAGGCCGAGUCAGACGACGAUGAUAUCCCCAGGAAUCCUGUCGGAGAUGAACAUCGAGCGAAGAAGGGAGCGUUGCAGAACCGUUUGAGGGAGUGCCGCAUUACGUUUCACAAAAUUUCUUUCCUCAAAGGCGACGUUUACCACAUACUUGGGGAAGCGUUUGCAAAUGAAGAAAGCGCGGCCUACGCGCAGGCAGAGGAGCUCAGACGAGUGCUAUUGAAGGGUACCGAAGAAGCGGCUUCACGGGCGAUGAUGCAACUGAGUCAUGACGCUUCUGUCAAAGCUCUGAAGGAAAAUGAACUCGGUAUCAAAUCACCCUAUUGCGACCAAGGCGGCAUCAGGUCGCAUGAGCUGAUGACCGAAGCAAAUGAGAUGGUAGAUUUUCUCAACGAACAGUCAAAGGUUCUAUGGAGGUGGAGGUCGCAGAUGAUAACAUUGCUGACUCGACCUCUCAGCUCAAGUGACGAUGGAGAAGAUGCCGAUGGCCAGGAAUACGCCCGCAGCCUGGAGACACAAGGAGAAGCGGAGGCAUACUUGCAAGCCUAUUCUGCUCUGCUAGCCGACCGCCGGGAGUUUCUUACCGCAGAACGUACGCUGCUGGACGCUCAUAAUGUGCGGGAGGCACAUAUACGGCAUACGAAGGCGUCUAUGAAGGCGUCUGGGAUUGUGCUGGAGGAAGAUAUUAUUCCACUUGAGCAACUUGACGAUGAGGAACACCUUCCCGAGCAUGACGUUUUGCAUAAAUUAUUGACCGAUGAGCGAAAGGCGUUGCUAGAAGGCUUCGACACUUCCAGAGCAGUCAAGUCUGUUAUGAUAGACCUCAACAACGUAGCAGCGAAGAUACCCAAGGACGACGAUUUCGAGAAGAUCAUAGCCAGAGACGGCGUGAAGAGACUACGUACCCUGCUUGCGGACCAAGGGAAGUUGAUGGAUAAAUUACAAGCGGAUCUGGCGCACUUCCGGAAAGCAUUCAAUGAACGUAUAUCAUACUUCCGUCAAUUGCAGGAGAUCUCGGAUACAGUCGCUGAGGCGACCUGGGAAGGUGAUCUUCUGGAUGCCACUGCACAUGCACGCACAGAACAGGCAGAGUUGGAAGCCAAAGUUAACACCGGUCGAGCUCGUCAACGCUACCUGGACCAUUUAGCCAAGUCCGAAGAGGAAGGGACCGUAGAUGAGGAUGACCGUUGUUGCGUAUUAUGCAGAUGUGAAUUCUCUCGCGGAUACAUCACGCAGUGCGCCCACGUUUUCUGUGAGGCAUGCCUGAGGGAAUGGCUUUCAAAGCAGGAAGCCAAGGCGUGUCCGGUUUGUAGAGCUCCUAUUAAAUCAGACCAAUUACAACGGUUCUCCGUGGCUAAAACGGCAGAACAAGCUUUGAACGCAGCACCGCCGUCGAUCGCAAACAACGAGCUUGCUCCGAAGUCUCGACGCCAUAUCAAUUACAACGUCAUAGAUCCAGUGAUAUUCCAGGACAUACAAUCCAUGGAAUCCUUAGGAAGCUACGGAAGCAAAGUUCAAACGCUGGUCCGUCAUAUCCUUUACCUGCAACUCACAGAUCCCGGGGCCAAGAGCAUCAUUUUCUCAGCAUGGGCGGAUUCUUUACAUAUCAUACAACACGCCCUGAAUCACAAUGGUAUCUCUAGCCUUAGGAUUGAUCAACAUAGAGGAAAGCAGAAUGCCGCCAAGCGAUUCAAGACGGACCCUACUAUCUCCGUGCUCCUCUUACAUGGCGAACGCGAAAACGCUGGUUUGAAUAUCACCUGCGCAUCACGGGUAUUCCUGGUUGAAAGCGUGGUCCAUCACGCCUUCGAGUUGCAAGCCAUCGCUAGAAUUGAUCGGAUGGGACAGACGAGGCCUACAGAAGUGUACUGUUACUACGCGGAAGACACAAUGGAGAAGAAUAUCCUUGAUCUGGCGGCCAGGCGAGGUCAAUCUCUUUACACGAAAGACAACUCUGCAGGAACAGUGGAUGUGACCCCAUUCGCUGUGGCAAGUGAUAAGACUGUUGUGGAUUCUCCUUCAAGAAAGGUGCAGAAAGGAGAUUUUGUAUUCAAAACGGAUGAUAUGCUGGCGAUCUUCUUCCCCCAUCUAUUCGAAGACAUAGAGUAUUUGUUGGAUUCAGACACGUCGGAAGUGAACAUCCCUUCUGAAGAUCAUGGGAUGCAAACUCCGCCUCAGCAAGAACACUCUUCGCAAUAUGUCAAUGCAAUUGCGGGACCUUCGAGACUUUCAUUUUAAAUUCCGCUUGUGUUCAGAUUCUACAAUGUAGCCCGUGUACGAUGCUCAUACUCACCUCUGCGAUCCUACAGAGUAUAUAACACUUACCGAUCAUGGUGUCGCAGAGUACAGAACUCCCGUCAGGCUCCGUUUUGCAUCUGCAAGAUAUAUCACUGCAACUGCUGUAGUUUUGGACAUGUAUGUCGGUACCAUCUUUUGUUCAGCUUAAUACCAACACUGGGUUCACUACUAUUUGAU